CUCUCCUCUCAGGGACUUGUAGUUUUUAGUGUAAAGGACGCCGCCGCUCGGUAGAGGCCUUUGUGAGAGUAAAACUACAGUUCCCUCAGAGCUACUCGGAGGUGUUAGUUGUCAAUAUGGCUGUUGUCAGACAGACAAAGCAGAGAGGCAAAUAAUUCGCCUCUGAUUAAAUCCUUGGAAAGGGGUCGGACAGGGCACUGUAAUCAUAUUGCAUUAUUGUUCGGCUGCAGUAAAAGGCACAGCGGGUCUUUGCUCAAGUUCUAAAGUUAAAUGGUUAAGUGGACGAUUUGAACCGAGCAGCAGGAUGUCUGAGUUCAGCGAGGAGCCGCGCUUCACUAUUGAGCAGAUAGAUCUGCUGCAGCGGCUGCGUCGCACCGGCAUGAACAAGCAGGAGAUCCUGCACGCGCUUGAAACUCUGGACCGGCUGGACCGGGAGCAUGGCGACAAGUUUGGCCGCCGCACCUCUUCCUCCUCCUCCUCCUCGUCCUGCUACGGAGUAGGCGGGGCAAACAGCUGCACCAACAACUCUGCCUCUAAUACUACUACAUCAUUCAACAAUAACAGCACUGCCUCGGCAACCACCACCUCUUCCGUGACAUGCAACGGCAACAACGGGGAGGGCGGCUCCGGCGAUCACUCUGCAGCCGCCGCCUCUUCCACGACCUCCAAAAUCUCCACUGCCACGCAGACGCAGUUUGGCAGCGGAGGGGGACUCUCGCCGUCUCCAAGCAACAGCUAUGACACCUCCCCGCCUCCAGGCCCGCCGCCGCCUUCUGCCAUCUUGCCCUCUCCGGUCUCACUGGUGGCUCUGUCACAGAACGGCCGGGAUAGCCUAGCUGCCACGCCCAACGGGAAGCUGUCUCCUCCAAGAUACCCAGUGAACAGUGCGGCUGCAGCGCGAGCAUUUGGGUUUGAAGCUACAGAAGAGGACCUGGACAUUGACGAUAAGGUGGAGGAGCUGAUGAGGAGGGACAGCAGCAUGGUGAAAGAGGAGAUCAAAGCGUUCCUGGGGAACAGGAGGAUCUCUCAGGCAGUGGUGGCACAAGUUACCGGCAUCAGCCAGAGCAGGAUCUCCCAUUGGCUACUGCAGCACGGCUCCGACCUGAGCGAGCAGAAGAAGAGGGCCUUCUACCGCUGGUACACGCUGGAGAAAACUACACCAGGUGCCACUCUAAACAUGCGGCCAGCUCCGUUACCUCUGGAGGAAAUGGAGUGGAGGCAAACCCCGCCCCCCAUCACCACUGCCCCUGGAACCUUCCGGCUGCGUCGAGGAAGUCGCUUCACUUGGAGAAAAGAGUGCCUGGCUGUGAUGGAGAGCUACUUCAACGACAACCAGUACCCAGAUGAGGCCAAACGGGAGGAGAUAGCAAACGCCUGCAAUGCUGUUAUUCAAAAGCCAGGGAAGAAGCUGUCUGAUCUGGAGAGGGUUACCUCCCUGAAAGUUUACAACUGGUUCGCCAACCGUCGCAAAGAGAUCAAGAGACGGGCUAACAUUGAAGCCACAAUCCUGGAGAGUCAUGGGAUAGAUGUCCAGAGUCCAGGGGGACACUCCAACAGUGACGACAUCGAUGGGAACGACUUCUCAGAGCAGGCAUGUGACCUACCCUAUUUUGACAAGAGACCUCUAAGCCGACCUUUUGGCCUUUACCGACUGGAGCCCACCUCACCAACACAGGAUGACAGUGCAGCACACAGCGAGCACCAGGACCCCAUCUCUUUGGCUGUGGAGAUGGCUGCCGUCAACCACACCAUCCUGGCCCUGUCCAGAACUGGAGGGGUCCCCAACGACAUCAAGACGGAGUCCCUGGAGGAUGAAUGAACUGCACAGUAAAUGGGAUGGAGGAAGCGGAAGAGAGAAACGACAGAGUCGAGAGGGGAGAGAAACGAGGAGUUCAAAAAAAAGAGAGACCAAAAUAAUGCUACUUAGUAAACCUUCUGAAUCUGUCCGUC